GCGGCAAUGAAUAUCCUCUGACGUCUGGCGAAGCUUCCUGUCGUGUAAGCUCCACCGCGCUCAACCGCCGCCAUUUGACUACAACUGUGACCCGGGAGCUCCAACAGGCUACCUAACAUAGAGCUUCAAGCUGCUUGGCUUCGACAUCCACCAAUAAAUGACUUGAAAAGUGCAUCGGGUUUUGCGGUACAAAAGCGAUCGCCCUCGAGAUCUCAAUUGCCCAGAGCUACAUAGUGUUCGCGUCCACUACACUUCAGCUUCCGCCUAAGACGGGCCAGGCUCCCUAGACCGACCGACCAGCAAAACAAUUCUGGUCACAGCGUCGAGGCCACCUGCAUCGUACCGCAGCCAUGGCCUUCCUAAUCCUGGUCAUUGGCGACCUGCACAUCCCGGACCGCGCCCUCGACAUACCCCCCAAAUUCAAGAAGCUCCUCGCGCCCGGCAAGAUUGGCCAAACGCUCUGCCUCGGCAACCUGACGGACCGGACGACGUACGAGUACCUGCGCAGCGUUGCGCCGGACCUCAAGAUCGUCAAGGGCCGCCUGGAUGUCGAAGCCACCUCGCUGCCGCUGUCGCAAGUGGUCACCCACGGCAGCAUCCGCAUCGGCUUCCUCGAGGGCUUCACGCUCGUCAGCAACGAGCCCGACCUGCUGCUCGCCGAGGCGAACAAGCUCGACGUCGACGUGCUGUGCUGGGGCGGCACCCACCGCUUCGAGUGCUUCGAGUACAUGGACAAGUUCUUUAUCAACCCGGGCAGCGCGACAGGCGCCUUCACGACUGGCUGGGGCACCGAGGAAGACAUAGUCCCCAGCUUUUGCCUGAUGGAUGUCCAAGGAAUAUCACUCACACUUUACGUGUAUCAGUUGAGGAAAGAUGAAAAUGGAGUAGAGAAUGUGGCCGUGGAAAAGGUCACGUAUACGAAAGUAGUCGAGCCGCCAACAACAGCUUCGGCAUCAUGACGAAUCAUUGGAUAUAGCUUGAGUAAUGGAUUUACGGAUAAUGAUCAAAGCAAACAAUGCUUUUGCUCGUGGCCCCGAUUUGACCAGCAAACUGUUCUAAUACAUUCAUUCUUAGUCCAUACAAA